AUGGCCAACAACACCCUCGAACCAGUCUUCCUCAGCUCACCACACCAUCAGCCAGCAGCAGCGCCCUACCAGCCAGCAGCCAACGCCGGCUCACAACCACGGCCCUCAGCCAGCUCAAGCUCAAGCUCAUCAGCCACCCCACAGGGACUACGAAGGACUGACUCAGAUCCAGUAGCAAGAACGGGAGAUGGCCAGAACAGCAACAACAGCAGCCCUUCAGCAUCCCAUCAGCAGCACUACCCCCCACCGAUCAGACUGAGGAAGGGUACCCGGUUCGAAGACGCCUAUCCGAGCAUGUUUGCCUCGCUGGGGGACAAGGACCCGGACCCGAGCUCGCUCCUCGCCAGUCUCGAGUCGCCCUUCCAGCUCCAGGAGUACAUCGCCCAUCUCGUCCGUGCCGACCCGCAUGCGGUGGCCAGGAUCAUCAAACUACCCAGCCCGCACGUCCAGCGCGAAGUCUGGAUCUACGAGCAGCUCCGGAGACUCGCUCAUGACUUGGGUCAUCCCCUCGUAAGCGCUCUCCAGGCUGACUGCAACCGCGCCAAGUGUCCAGAGAUGAAGGCCGGAGAAUGGCUCUACCUCUGUGCGGCUCAUGCGACCGCCAACGAGAACGAAUGCUGUGCGAUCGAUUAUAUAGUUCACACCCUCGACGGCGCAACAGCCCUUCUGAACUCAGCCCGCUAUUUUCCGAGCCGGCUACAGAUCCCGGCUAGCUCGAUCAAGCAUUUCACUUCGAUCGCUAGAAGGCUGUAUAGGAUCUUGGCUCAUGCUUGGUUCCAUCAUCGUGAACUGUUUGAGGAAUGUGAAAUGGAGACGAGCCUCUAUGCAAGGUUCUUGGCCUUGACGGACGAGUUCGGGUUGAUUGCAGAGGACUUAUUAGUGAUUCCACGGGCGAUAGAGGACGAGGGUCCACAGGACGAUGGGCAUCACCAGCUCGACGAAAUCGACGAGGGCUCCGAUGAGGCCCAAGCCGAGGCUCACCAUCAAGAAUCUCUGGAUGACGAGCAGCAGGAGGAUAUUCACGAUCAGCAGCAGGGGCCGUCCACCAGUGCUGGCGAUCACCAGGCCAUGGGUGCCUCUGAUAACCCACCAGCCGGAGCAGAUUCUCCUGAUGAUAAAAAAGAAAGCAAACCACAUAAAAUAGAACAAACAGCAUAA